GGGUUUUGUCUGCAGGCGGCGUGUCAGGUAAACAAGCAGGCAGCUCUCCCUGUCUGCUGUGUGUUGUAGCAGCAGAGACACAGGCAGCAGCCGCAGCAGCAUAGGAAAGAAGCUAAUAGAACGGCCUUUAUCCUCUGCUGCCCCCUCUUUGAGACACACACACACACACGGAUUGAGGCAAAUACUGGGGCGCUCAACCAGCUCAGCUUUACAAGGCCAUUUGAAACGCCAGAUCCACUCCUGCACAUUGGCCGUGACAUCAUGGCAUACAGGAAGGUGUGUGACACCCAGGGUGGCCCAAUGGUCGGUGAGGUUCUGCACUGCUCUGGAGCUUUAGAUCUUGACUGGGACCUGGACAAGGAGGAGCUGCAAGAACCGGGACCCAGCAUGGACCGCAUGCAGAUGCAACAUAUAGACUGCCAGAGAUCAGGGUGUUCAGACCCCGGUCCCGAUCCGGACCCUGAGCUGAUGGAGCCCAUCCAGCCCUCUGUCUCAGUUUCACCGCAUGGACGAUUUGAACGACUCCAGGAAGAUCCCAACUACAUCUCCCACUUCACCCGGGCCCCGGGCCAUAAAGGCCAGCGACGAUUCCACUGCUUCCUGCUCAGGUACUUCCUUGCAGGGGUGGGGCUUUUUGUCCUGGGUCUCCUGAUUGGCUGGUUCACUCACACACCUGCUAGCAAACCACCCGUUCCUCCAUCUGACAGUUCAGACCUGCUGGAGGAGCUGCUGAGAGGAAUCACAGCCGACAAGAUAGAUGCUCUUCAGAGGUCUUUCUCCAGCCUAUCAGAUGACAGCGAAGAAGCCAGAGCCAGGUACCUCUACAGGCAGUGGGUGGGACUUGGUUUGACUGAUGUCCGUCUGUCCAACCACACAGUUCUGCUCAGCCUGCCUGGUUCCACACCCAACACUGUCACUGACCGGUCUAGUCACCAGUGUUUCCUGCCAAAUGGGAUCCCCUGUGACCAGCGUGGACCGAAUGACCUGCCGAAGCAGCGGUUCUCCUACGCAGCCUAUUCUGCUGUUGGAAGUCUGCAGGGAGAGGUGGUGGACGUCCAGUACGGCAGUGUGGCUGAUCUGAGGAGAGCCAAAGACAGCCUGAACCUCACCAACCAGAUUGCUGUGGUCAAGCUUGGCCAAGCACCUUUGCUGUACAAGCUAUCCCUACUGUCUGAGCUGGGUUUUGGAGGUGUUUUGCUUUACAUUGACCCAUGUGAUGCUCCCCCUGGCCACCAGACCUGGCAUCAAGCCUUCAGAGUCACUCUCAACCCUGGAGGAAAUCCUGCAAAUGCUGAGGUGUCAAGAGAGGCUGGAGGAAGUCUGACAUCACUGUUGGUUCAGCCCAUCUCUGCCUUCCUGGCAAAGACGUUGCUGUCCUCUCCAUCCACAGGGCAGGGAGACUCCUGUAUUCCUCUCGCCAUGCCGCCCAACGCAGAACGAAAGAAGAUUACUCUGACUGUUGGAAACCAGCUGUACUACAAGAAAAUCUACAAUGUUGUGGGAUACCUGAAAGGAAGGAGGAACCCAGAUCGGUAUGUGCUGGUUGGCAGUCGCCAUGACAGCGACCAAGGAGGCGGGGCUUCGGCUAUUAUGAAUCAGCUCAUCGCUGCGCUGACAGAGCAGACCAAACAAGGAUGGGUGCCAGACCGUACCACUGUGUUUUGCUCGUGGGGAGGCUCAGCCCUGGGGAACAUCGGGUCCUAUGAGUGGGGAAAGGAUAACAGUGUUGUCCUGAAGAGCAGUGCAGUGGCCUACGUCAGUCUGAACUCUCCGGUUAGAGGGACAGAGACCCUCAGAGCUACAGCCUCUCCAACACUGCUGCAGCUCACUUCAGAUAUACAGAGAAGACAGUUGCUGAGUUGCAUCCGCGGUGGGAACUGCCCUGGACCCAACGUCAGCUCGCUGCAGUUGCCUGGAGAUGUGAAUUUCUUCGCCAACCAGCUGGCUGUGCCCGCUAUGGAGUUCGCCUUCGAGCAGAGUAAAGCAGAAGAGGCCACCAGUUUCCUGUCAGAGGCCCAGUUUUCUGCUGAGCUACCAGAGACCCUGGAUCCUCUUUUCAAGUUCCAUGAGACCAUUGCUAAGAUGACAGCAGAAGCCAUCCUGCGGCUGGUCAACGAUCCCGUGCUGCCGUUCUACCCUCUGGACAUUGCCCUGGAUGUUCAAAACAAACUCAAAGAGAGGAACAUGGUAUCUCAGCCCCUCCUCUCCUCAGCCUCCUCUCUGAGGGACCACGCAGCUUUCUUCCAAUCAGAAACUAUGCGGCCGGCAAAUGACCCUAAAGAGCGGGAUCCCUCCCACGUGCGGAUGCUGAAUGAUGUACUCCGCGACCUGGAGAAGAGCUUCAUCAUCCCACAGACACCGCCUGGAGUGUACAGGAACCUGUUGUACAGCCUUCCAGGAAAGACUCCUCAGUUCUCCGUCCUCAGGUUCUCACAGGAAGCCGUCCUGCACUGCAACGUCACCAGCAAAGCAGCCAAACACAACUCUGCAGAGAAGGAAGUACUUUGCCACAGCACCAUGAACCAGUCUCUGUCCCUCAUCCUCAGGGCCGUCCAGUCAGCUGAGCGGCUGGUGUGUUUUGGCUUGGACUUGUUUGAAAACUAUCCAAAUGCCGUGUGAUCUUGGCUGACCAGUGAGCUCGGUCGCACUCAAGAGCAAAAACUGCCGCUGAUCAAGUCCACCCGGUUUAAUUGCAUUUGAAAUAUUAAAACACAAUUGACCCUCUGACUGACUCCAUCCAAAACCUCAUCUUACUCGUCAAGCAGCAGUCCUGAAAAAGUGUCAGAGUCAUUGGGAAUCCACACACGAAAUGAUAGUUUCAUUUAUCCCCAUUAUUUCACACUUCCUCUAAAACUAAUAUUGAUUGAAUUUAGACAAUAUGCAGUCCAGAGGAGUGAGAAGUUUUAGACUUGUUUUAGAAUCAUUUUCAUAUCAAAGGUUGAAAAAAAAAUCUGUUUUCUGAUUGAUGAAUGUAUUGAAACUAACUUGUUGCACGCUAACUCUUUGAUAUGCAAAUAAUACUGACACAAUAGGGUCGUUUAAAUUGCACUAUACCGUCUUCCAGUGAAAGCAGACCAGUAAUAAAAGGCAUGUGGUCGUUUUUAGAUUAUUAGUCUUCUUUCAACAGACACUUGCUCUGUUGUCUUGACAACUUUUGUCCACCAUUUACUGGACAAAUUCCUGCACAGGAAGGUGGAGGAACCUAACACACCAAAAAUGAAAUUCAAGGGAAGAUGUAAAAACAUUGGAAUUCUGUCUCAACAGG